AUGCCUGAGGGUCGCCAAUCUCCUCCCCCUGAGCGCCAGACUGGCGCCCAGCAGCAAGAUCCCCCCGCCUCCGGCAAGGGAACCGACGACGCCUCCAACAAGGACAACGCCAACAAGCAAUCUCUCGAGUCUCUCUCUUCGAACCCCAAGGGCCCGUUGGACGACAACUUGAAAGAGAAAUUCGCCAAGACCCAAUAA